CUCCCUCCCGGGCCGCCCCAGUCCUGCGAGUCGGCGACUGGCGCUCUGCGCCUGCUGUGGGCUGUGCGACCGGGACCGCGGCCGGGCGGGCGACUGCGAUGAAAAUGUACUUCUUGGAGUUCUUGGUCUGUUUGGUCCUUGGGAUCCUGCACUCCCAGGGGAGCAGAGGGAAGGUGUCAGCUGUGAAUCCUGAGGCAAACAUGACUGUGGUGCAAAUAAUAAGUUACUGGGGAUACCCUGGUGAGGAGCAUUUCGUGGAGACAAAGGAUGGAUAUAUUCUGUGCAUUCAUAGAAUCCCUCAUGGGAAGAAGAAGCAUUCUGAUCAAGUUCCCAAACCAGUUGUCUAUCUUCAGCAUGGUUUGUUAGCCGAUUCCAGUAACUGGGUUACAAACACCGACAACAACAGCCUGGGAUUCAUGCUUGCUGAUGCUGGUUUUGAUGUGUGGAUGGGGAACAGUAGAGGAAACACGUGGUCUCGGAAACACAAGACUCUCUCAGUUUCUCAGGAUGAAUUCUGGGCUUUCAGUUUUGAUGAGAUGGCAAAAUAUGAUCUCCCAGCUUCCAUUGACUACAUUCUGAAUAAAACUGGCCAAAAGCAGUUGUAUUAUGUGGGUCAUUCUCAAGGCACCACCAUCGGUUUUAUAGGAUUUUCACAGAUCCCUGAACUGGCCAAAAAAAUCAAAAUGUUCUUUGCCUUGGCUCCUGUGGUUUCACUGGUUUUCAGUUCCAGUCCUCUAACCAAGUUAGGAAUCCUCCCCGAAGUUUUCUUUGAGGAUGUACUUGGGCACAAAGAAUUCUUUCCUGAGAAUCCAGUCACAAAGUGGCUGAGUACCCAUUUUUGUACCCAUGCAAUUCUGAAGGAGCUUUGUGGAAAUUUAUUUUUUCUCCUGUGUGGAUUUGAUGAGAGGAAUUUAAAUAUGUCAAGAGUGGAUGUCUAUGGGGCACACAAUCCUGCUGGAACUUCUGUGCAAGAUAUGUUACACUGGAGGCAGAUUUCAAAACUUAAUAAGUUUCAAGCCUUUGACUGGGGAAGCAGUGCCAAAAACUACCUACACUACAACCAGAGUUACCCUCCCAUGUACAAUGUGAAAGACAUUCCUGUGCCCAUAGCCUUAUGGAACGGGGCUCAAGACUGGCUGGCAGAUGCCAGUGACGUCCAUAUCUUACAGACUCAGAUCCCCAACUUGGUGUACCACAAGGAAAUUCCUGAUUACAAUCAUAUUGACUUUAUCUGGGGCUUGAAUGCCCCCUGGAGAAUAUAUGAUGAAAUUAUCAAUCUGAUGAAGAAAUACCAAUGAGAGCCAGAGACACGCAUAGAAAAGGGUGUUUGCUUAAUUGCUGGAAAAUGAGUAUUUAUUUUCUAAGAUCUUUUGUUCUUUUAUAUGAAAGAUACCAUGAUUUUAAAGAUGAAUGAUUCUCAUUAGAUAUGAUUAGAAGCUUAUACACUAGGUAGAUUUUUUUCUAAUUAAGGGCUAUAUAUGAAUUUAGGGUCUCAACUAUAUUGUCAUUUUUAUAGUCUAUUAAAAAUACCAUGUCAUUAUGAAUAUCUAUUUGUCCUCACAAGUAUACACUGUUGCCUUUACAUGCUCAUAUAGAGCAAAUUGUUAUGUUCGGAAAUUUGUCAUGUUGGUAUUUGAUAAAUAAUCUGUGACUGAGUUGAAUAUAAUAUAAAAUGUACCUAGUUCCUAUCACCUUUUCUUAAAAAGAAAAGUUAGCAGUGUAAUCACCUUGAACUUAUAUAUCAAAUUACAUCUUUCUGUGUUUUUUUUGUAGUAAGUACAUUGUCAAAUCCAGUAGUAUCCCCACUAUAUUGAUUGAAUUUGGGUAAUGGUUCAUGCUGAACAAAAUAAUUUUCUGGAGUCUUCAAAUAUAGAUUAAACUUACUUUUACAUAUCUAUAUAAUGACCAAUGGUUUAAAGACUUAUGUAGUCUCAAUUAUUAUGAGUAGCUUGACAACAUACACUUGAAGUAAUGUUCUGCAGAGAGACUAAACCACUACUCUUCUCCUACAAGUAAUGAACUCUGAACUAGUCAUUUAGGCUCGAUCUUGUCCAUUACGCCAAAGCCAAUGAGAAGCGUCCAAGUUAAUUUUCACACAUAGAAUCUGUGCACAGGAAUGAUUUCAGAUUAAAGCUCAGCUCAAGGAUUCAUUGUUUUUCAUUUUGUUUUGUUGAUAUUUUUAACAAUCUUGCUUUGCAUCAUAAACUCCAUGUUCCCUUGCCUCUCUGUACCAUCUAUGUUACUGUUUGAGGGACAGAAUGACAUUUGAUAUAUCUUACUUUUAUAGGUACUUACCAGUAGCAGUAACAGUACUUGUCUUAGACUGCCUCUAGGAGAACAAAAAUAUUUAACAUUUUGAAGAUUUUCAAUAAAACUCAGCUUCAUAGGCCUGAAA